CGUCUCCCAGUAACCCUUCUCUCUGGUUUCCUCGGCUCCGGCAAAACCACCCUCCUCCAACACAUCCUCCGCUCCAAAUCCCACCACCUCCGCUGCGCAGUCAUCGUCAACGACAUGGGCGCCCUCAACAUUGACGCCGACAUCGUUAACAAAUACGGCAAGAACGUCGUUCAGCGCGAGGAGAAGAUCGUGCGGAUGCAAAACGGGUGUAUCUGCUGUACGCUCCGUGGCGAUUUGUUGGAGGAGGUUGCGAGGUUGGCCGAGGGCGGGGAGUUUGAUUAUUUGAUCAUUGAGAGUACGGGAGUUAGCGAGCCGCAGCAGGUUGCGGAGACCUUCACUUUCGAGUUCAACGAGCUCGCUGUGCAGCUUGAGGAUGAGGAGGGCAAUACGAUCGUUGACGAGGAAGAAGAGAAGACCAAGAAGGAGAAGGACGAGAAAGAUGACUACCUCGUCAAACUCCUCGAGCAGGGUGGUCUCUCCAAGCUCGCUCGCCUCGACACUUGUGUCACCGUCAUCGACGUCUUCAACAUCUUCAACAACUUCGACACCGCAGACUUCCUCUCUGACCGCUACAAAAACGUAGAAUCCUCCGACGAACGUUGCAUCUCCGACCUCCUCGUCGACCAAAUUGAGUUCGCAGACGUCAUUCUACUUAACAAAUGCGAUGUCGUUGCGCCCGCUAUCGUCAAGAAAGCCAGAGCCCUCGUUGCGGCGCUGAACCCUGCUGCUAAGGUCAUCACGACGGAGUACAGUCGUGUUGAUGUUAAUGAGAUUGUGGGAACGGGUAUGUUCUCUUUUGAGAAGGCUGCGACGAGCGCGGGGUGGUUGAGGUCCUUGAACGAGGGAUCGAAUCUAAAGAGUGAGAUUGACGAGUAUGGUGUCAAGUCUUUUAUUUACCGUGCCAGGAGGCCCUUCCACCCUAUGCGUUUGUAUGAUAUUGCCAGCGAGUACUUCGUCCUCAUGGAGGGUGUCGCCGAAGACGGCGACGAGGAAGCUACCGAUGACGAGAAUGAAGACAUGGAAGACGCGGAAGAAGAGGAAGAAGAGGAUGAGGUUGACAUGGACGAGGAUGAGGAGAAGCUCAUGUUAGACCCUCAAUCCCGCCUCGACAACAAGCGUGCCUCCCCAGCUUUCGCCCCCCUCAUCCGCUCAAAGGGCUUCAUCUGGCUCGCUACCCGCCCAAUCCAACACGGCGAAUGGUCCCACGCCGGCGGCAUGCUCACCAUCUCCGGCGGCGGCCCCUGGUUCUGCGAACUCCCUCGCGAAGAAUGGCCGGAAGACAGAGAUGUCAUCAAGUCUAUCGAGAAGGAUUUCGAGGGUACCUGGGGUGAUCGUAGGCAGGAGUUGGUUAUGAUUGGGACGGAGGAGAUGAACGAAGAUUUGAUUAAGAGGGAGCUUGAUGCUUGUUUGCUUGAUGAUGAGGAGUGGAACCAGUGGGCUGCUAUUAUGACCUCUGAGGAUUCCAUCGAGGAGAAGGCGGUUCAAAUGGACGCCCUUUUCGAGGAUGGCUGGGAGGAGUGGCCCGCUAUCGGUGCUGAG